UCAUCCUCUCCUCCCUUCCGCCAUCUUGCCGGCCACGGUGGCACUGACCUGACGACUCCUCCACGAAAACACCCACUUCUCGACGAAGUCUUGUUUUCCUCCAACCAUGGCGACUUCUCAAGCGAACGUCUUCACCGUGGUGUCCAAGUUUUACGACGAGUACGUGACCACGACGCCGCAGCGGCUGAAGAUCAUCGACGCGUACCUGGCCUACAUCAUGCUGACGGGGAUCUUCCAGUUCGGCUACUGCCUGCUGGUCGGGACCUUCCCGUUCAACUCUUUCCUGUCCGGGUUCAUCUCGUGCGUGGCGAGCUUCGUGUUAGGAGUGUGUUUAAGAGUCCAGGUCAACCCCCAGAACAGGAAGGACUUUCUCCACAUCUCUCCAGAGAGAGCCUUUGCUGACUUCGUCUUCGCUCACAUCAUCCUGCAUCUUGUGGUCAUGAACUUCAUCGGCUGAACCAGGAACAAGCUUCUUAAACAGAUGCAUUCCAGUCUAUCAAAUUAGGAUCAGCUAUGAAGUUAUCAAACAGUGCCACCUGUACCGUGAAGACAAAAUAAACCCCCUGCAGCAUCUUUUUGUACAACACAUUAUCACUUGACAUGUAUGAUUAUAUAGUAAAACUAAAAGGCAAUUUUUAAUAAAUUAUCAGAAUAAACACCUUG